UUCCUGUUGAGUUGUCAGUGAGAAGAGACGCAGCAACAGACAGACGCUGCUCUCAGAGACAAAAUGGCUUCUAUGUCAGAGAAGGAUUUCUACUGUCCGGUCUGUUCGAUCUGUCAUGAAAUCUUUAGAGAUCCUGUUGUUUUGUCAUGUAGCCACAGCUUCUGUAAAGACUGUCUGCAGAGCUGGUGGACAGAGAAACAGACACAGGAGUGUCCAGUUUGUAAUAGAAGAUCUUCAAAGUCAGACCCACCUUGUAACCUGGAGUUAAAGAAGCUGUGUGAGAGUUUCUUACAGCAGAGAGAUCAGAGAGCGUCAGAGGCUCUCUGCAGUCUGCACUCUGAGAAACUUGAGCUCUUCUGUCUGGACCAUCAGCAGCCAGUGUGUGUCGUGUGCAGAGAUUCAGAAAAACACACCAACCACAGAAUCAGACCCAUCGAUGAAGCUGCACAACAACACAAGAAGGAACUCCAGGAAACUCUGGAGCCCUUAAAGAAGAAGAUAAAGGUUUUUGAAGGAGUUAAAGUGAAGUUUGAUCAAACAGCAAAACACCUGAAGGUACAGGCCCGACGCACAGAGAUACAGAUUAGGGAUCAGUUUAAGAAGCUUCACCAGUUUCUAGAAGAGGAAGAGGAGGCCAGGACGGCUGCACUGAGGGAUGAAGAGGAGCAGAAGAGUCAGACGAUGAAGGAGAAGAUGGAGGCUCUGAGCAGAGAGAUAGCAGCUCUUUCAGACACAGUCAGAGCCACAGAGGAGCAGCUGAGAGCUGAAGACGUCUCAUUCCUGAUCAACUACAAGGCUGCAGUGGAAAGAGUCCAGCAGCGCCCCCUGCUGGAUGAUCCACAGCUGCUCUCAGGAGCUCUGAUAGACGAGGCCAAACACUUUGGGAGUCUGAGCUUCAACAUCUGGAACAAGAUGAAGGACAUGGUCUCCUACACUCCUCUGAUUCUGGACCCAAACACUGCUAAUCCAGAACUAAUCCUGUCUAAAGAUCUGACCAGUGUGAGACUUGGAGAUGAGAGACAGAAGCUUCCUGAUAAUCCAGAGAGGUUUGAUUCACUCUUCUCUGUCCUGGGCUCUGAGGGCUUUAACUCAGGGACUCACAGCUGGGAUGUCGAGGUUGGAGACAAUACAUACUGGCUACUGGGUGUGUUAGCAGAGUCUGUCCAGAGGAAGGGAGGCAUACGGUCUGGAUUAUGGACAAUAUGGUUCUCUGGAUGUAAAUACUCAGUGUGGUCACCACCAGCUCCAGACACUGAGCUUACAUUUCAGAAGCAGUUCCAGAGGAUCAGAGUGACUCUGGACUGGAACAGAGGAAAGCUGUCGUUCUCUGAUCCUGAUACUAACACACACAUACACACCUUCACACACACUUUCACUGAGAGGCUGUUUCCAUACUUUAAAACUGGGGAUAAAGUCCCACUGAAGAUAUUACCACUGAAGGUCUGUGUGACAAAACAACAGGUCUGAUAGUCUUAACUCUGACGGGGGUGAUAAUAAUAUUCACUUCUUAACAGUAAGUACAGUAAGUAAAACUGAUUCGAGCAGUACAGGAGUCAGCUAAAUAAAACACAACUAAAGGUUUUAAGAAGUUAAAACAUAUAGGUUCUUAAAGAGAGAGAAAUAAUACCUUAGUUUUGUGUGAGGUUAACAUGUCUUUAAUUAUUGUUGGUUAAACUAUUAUUUCAUCAACAGCUAAAACAAUUAAACGAUUAUUUUAUUGUCACACAACUAUUCUUAUAAUCGAUUGAUAGUUUUUGUCAUUUUUAAUGUAAUAAUGCUAUGAUGAUUUCCUUCUUUUCUCUGUUUUAUAUUAUUAUUAACUGAAUAUUUUGAGGGUUUUAGAUUGUUGGUCGAACAAGACAAGACAUCAUCUUGGGCUCUGUGACAUGUGAUGGACACUUUAUUGACAUUUUCUACAUUAAAAUGUUAAUUGAUUUUUUCUCUUGCUAAGCUAAUGUGUCUGCAUUUUAGGACUUUGUUCUUUUUCUGUUUAAAAGUGUCCAACCGAGUAGAAACAAAGACAUGAAUGAAUAAUCUGUCAGUGGUGUAAUGUGCUCAGAAACCUGUAUCCUGUAAAAGUCUCAAAGCUAAACUAGUCACAUCCUGCGUCUCAAUAAACCGGUCAGUCCUCCAGA